GUUUGACAAAUAAGCCAACAAGAGGUUUUAGUUUAGAUGGCUUUUAGUUUAUAAAGAUGGAAAAAAGACCGUAUAACUUGCUUAUUGCUGCUACAGGAAGCGUAGCAGCGUUGAAGAUACCAAUUCUAGUGAAAUCUCUAUUAGAAUUGAACAAAACCAACGAGAGAUAUUAUUUUGAGGUACAUCUUAUUGUCACAGAACACGCGAAGCACUUCUUCGACUCGUCGGAGUUGCCGCCAAAUGUGAUUGUCUAUGACGAUAACAUGGAAUGGCAGGCUUGGAAGCAGCGGGGUGAUCCGGUGGUGCACAUAGAACUUGGGAAAUGGGCUGACAUGAUGGUAAUUGCACCGCUGGAUGCGAACACGUUGGCUAAAAUGGCACAGGGUAUAUGUGAUAAUCUUCUGACCUGCACAACACGAGCGUGGGACAUGAAGAAGCCAUUGCUAUUCUGUCCCGCAAUGAACACUAGGAUGUGGGAACACCCCGUUACGUCCACACAUAUUACAUUGUUGAAAGAAUGGGGCCAUAUUGACAUACCUCCGAUAAGCAAGAACUUGAUCUGCGGAGACACUGGCAUGGGCGCCAUGGCUGAAGUUGAAACUAUUGUGAAAAAAAUUAAAAGUAUUUUUGAUGAAAGAGUCAGUUAGUUAAUAGGUGUUUGGGAAUAGAUAUUUUUGUAGAUUUGAAUUCCAAACUUUAAGUCCAAUAAUACCAUUCAAGUCAUAUUACAUACCGAACUCAAUUUUCUAAAACUAGCUUUUAAACCCUU